AUGUCUCGCCAUCAGUUUGAUCUUGUCCAGUGCAUGAAGCAACCUGGAACACACAUAGGUCUUCUAUGUCUACUGUGUGAUGGCAGAUGCCCAAUAUGUGACUCGAUGGUCAAACCAAAGGCAAAGGUUAGAGUCUGCGAUAGCUGCCAUUCAGGCAAUGCAGGUGAAAGAUGUAUCCUUUGUGGCCACCAUUUGGGAGAGAAUGCCGAGUCUGGAACGCCGGCUUACUACUGCUACGAGUGUGUCGUUCAGGAGAAACAUAGGGAAGGUUGCCCUAGAAUCACCAAUGUGGGCAGUUCCAAGGCAGACAUGGUAUUCAACAAGCGUCCCAACCGGGGGCUCAUCACUUGA